AGCGGCAGGAUGGACCCCUCUGGCAAGGUGGCGCUGAUCACGGGGGCUGCCGGCGGUCUGGGCAGAGCCUUCAGCAGGGCGCUGCUGACUGCAGGAGCCAAGGUCGUGGCGUCGGACGCUGACGAGGCGGCAGGGAAGAAGGCCGUGGAGGAGCUGGAGAAGCAGUCCGGAAAGGGGAAGGUCGUCUUCGUCAAAGCGGACGUCACCAACAGCAGCUCGCUGGAAGAGGCCUUCAAGGCAGCCAAAUCCACAUUCAACCGUCUGGACAUUGUUAUCAACAAUGCAGGCAUCAUGAGAGAUGCAGUUUGGGAGAAGGAAAUCGACAUCAACGUGAAGGGCGUGGUGUAUGGCAUCCUGCUGGCGUACAAGUACAUGGGCAAGCACAACGGGGGCGCCGGCGGCCUGGUGGUCAACGUGUCUUCCGUGGCGGGCCUCGACGCCUACCCCCAUACGCCUAUCUACAGCGGCACCAAGCACGCCGUGUGUGCCAUGACGCGCUCCUAUGGGGACGAGCUGCACGUGAAUCAGACGGGCGUGAGGAUGGUGGCGCUGUGCCCGGGGCCCACGGACACACCACUGGCGAGAAACGUCCACCUCUACUGCCUGCACGACUACAUCAAGCAGCCGCUGCUCGACGCCAUAGCCGCCAUGGGUUCCCUCUGCACGCCUGACUUCAUCGCUGAAGGCUUGAUGACUGCCAUCCGAGAUGGCAAAUCAGGGUCUGUCUGGAUGGCCGACAACAACAAGAUCAAGGAGAUUGUCUACGAGCGGCUCGUCCAAUAAGAACUGUUCUACAUGCCAUUUUGUACACAUCACAUUAUCAUGAAUAAAGUAUACCUGAUUCGA